AUGGAGGUGGACGGGGCGCCGGACCUGACCGACUUCAUGAACGACUGGUUCUUCGGCACGGUCGGCGCGCGGCACAGCGGCGGCGGCGGCGGCUACGACCUGACUGGCGAGAGCAGCAAGAGGCCAGCAUCGCCAGCGGGCAACAAGAAGCAGGGGAAGAGCGGCGGCGGCGGCGGCGGUAGCAGCGCGAGCAAGCAAACGCAGGAUUGGCUGGAGGAGGCGAGGAGGAUGGUCGGGGCCGGAUCGCCGGGGCGGAAGGGCGUCGGGUCGCCGUCCAGGCAGCUGCCCAGGUUCGCCGGCGGAUCUAGGACGGAGCCCUCGCCGACGCUCGACCGCCGGGACCCGAUGUCGCGGUCCGCCAGAAGGCACUGGCAACCGGGCGGUAUCGGCGACGAGAUCCUGCAGCGCGCGUCCAUCAGCUCGUCCCCUCCGCGCUCCGAUCCCUUCGCCUCCUCCGCGCCCCCCUCCCCGUCCCCCUCCCUACCCCCAAACCCUCGCCGCAAGUCUCGCUUCCGCGACGCCCCUACCCCCGAUUCCCCCCUCGGUCGCGCCACGUCCACGUCCACCUCGCCCAUCUCCGCCGCGCACUCUCGCCACCGCCGCCACGCCUCCGCGUCCUCAGCCCCCGCUUUCGCCGCCGAUGGAUCCGGCGACGGUGUUGCCCGCCUCAACUCCUUCCUCCGUCGCCAGCGCUCCGUGGUCGCCGACCUAGCGGCAGGGGACCGUCCCGCGUCGAGGCCCACCAAGCUCGUGCUCUCCGACGCCUCCAAAAGUGUGAGCUCGAUUGUGGCGGCGAUAUGCUACGCGUGGAUGCUGCCAAGCAAUGGGGAUGGCCAGGAAGCAGUGCCGGUGGUGAACAUGCGCCGGAGCAGGAUGGCUAGGUGCAGGCAGGCGGCUUGGCUCCUGUAUCACGUUGGGGUCGACGCCUCGGCGCUGCUCUUCGCCGAUGAGGUUGACAUGGAUGGGCUAAUAAUGGACCAGCGAGUUAGCUUACUUGUGGUGGGGCAAGAUGUUUUGAAAUCAAAAGCUGAGGUGGGCUCAGUUUGCACAACCCUGACCCAUACCUAUUGUGAGGAUGCUUAUAGCCUGCUUCAGAACUUGGACAUAAAGAAACUUCUGCUCUCAGGUAUCCUGUUAGAUACGAGCAACCUUUCCAAGAAGUGCUCAAAUAGAGAUUCAGAUGCAGUGCAGUUGCUUCUGUUCAGUACCUCUGAGCAUAUGAGGCAUGAAUUGUUUCAGCAAUUGAUGCUUGAUCACAAUGAUCACUCCUUUGUCGAGUACCUGAAGAACACCUAUAGAUAUUCAACCACAGAUGGUAAUGAGGACAGUCCUCCAGAGCAAAAAAAUUCAAUCUCAGCAUCAGGGUCAUCGCAAGAUGCUAAAAAAUCAAAUUCAACUAACCAAAGGACAGCACGUGGAAGUCGUGGAAAGACUUCAGAUGAAGCAUCUCGUGGGAAAAAUAAGUUGUUCUUGGCGAAAUGGUUUGGUUUUGGUUCAAAAUAG